AUGGCGACCGGCCCGAAGUGGAUCACACCGUCCGUUCUGGAUGGAAUUGAAGAAGUUCCAGAAGAUGAGAGCAUUGACAUUGUCGACACUGAGUGUGAGACAGAGUCAGAGUAUUCUCAAACAGAAUCCGAUGAAGCCUUUGUGGUACCAGACGAUGAUACAGAUUCUGCAAAGGGUGAUGGGGAAUACGAACCGCUUGACGUUGAGUUCUCUACCGACGACGAGAGUGAUGUAAGCAAACCCGAAGAUCUUGUACGAACUAGUUAUCUCACAGUACGAAACCAGGACACGCCCGAUCCAACGAUUCUAGGACAUCGUGAGGUAUACCGGCGCAGAGGGCUCGUUAAACAAUAUGAGGUAAAGCUGUGGAUUGACAGUGAUCACUGGGACUUUUUACUUGAAUUGGUUAGAUCCUGUGUUGAGGCAGAGGAAUAG